CUGGCCGCCAACCCCUUCGCCGCCGUCUUCGCGCACCUGCUCAACCCCGCGCCCGAGCGCGGCGGCGAGGCCGAGCGCACCCCGCUCUCCGGUUUCUUACCUCCCAUAACUCCCUCAGAAAAAUUCUUCCUUUCCCAACUGAUGUUGGCACCACCUAGGGAACUCUUCAAAAAGACUCCUCGUCAGAUUGCCUCACUGGAUGUAGGAAGCAUGGCCCAGUCAGUAGAUAUAAGUGGACUUCAGCUAGCACUAGCAGAGCGUCAAUCUGAGUUGCCAACACAAAGCAAAGCCAGCUUCCCCAGCAUUCUCAGCGAUCCUGACCCAGAUUCCUCAAAUUCUGGGUUUGACAGCUCUGUUGCCUCCCAGAUCACAGAAGCUUUAGUGAGUGGUCCAAAACCACCUAUAGAAAGUCACUUUCGACCAGAAUUUAUCCGGCCACCACCUCCACUCCAUAUUUGUGAGGAUGAACUGGCUUGGCUAAACCCAAUAGAGCCGGAUCAUACAAUUCAGUGGGAUAAGUCGAUGUGUGUUAAAAACAGCACUGGAGUAGAAAUCAAAAGAAUCAUGGCUAAGGCUUUCAAAAGUCCCUUGUCUUCUCCACAGCAAACACAGCUCCUUGGAGAAUUGGAAAAAGACCCGAAGCUAGUUUACCACAUUGGCCUCACUCCUGCAAAGCUGCCUGACCUAGUGGAAAAUAAUCCUUUAGUUGCUAUAGAAAUGUUGCUUAAAUUAAUGCAGUCCAGUCAGAUAACAGAGUAUUUUUCUGUUUUGGUCAACAUGGACAUGUCAUUACAUUCAAUGGAAGUUGUAAAUCGGCUUACUACAGCAGUUGAUCUUCCUCCUGAAUUUAUUCAUCUGUACAUCUCCAAUUGCAUAUCUACCUGUGAACAGAUUAAGGACAAAUACAUGCAGAAUCGCCUGGUACGUCUAGUUUGUGUCUUCCUUCAGUCUUUGAUCCGAAACAAAAUUAUUAAUGUACAGGACUUGUUUAUAGAAGUACAAGCGUUUUGUAUUGAAUUCAGCCGGAUACGGGAAGCAGCUGGCCUUUUCAGGUUGCUGAAGACACUGGAUACUGGGGAAAACCCCUCAGAGACCAAAGCUUCAAAGUAAGACCACUUGCCAGCUGGAUUGUAUUCUGUAUCAGUUUUUUUUUGUAUAGUAACAGAUCACUGGAUUCUUUGGUUUAUUAUACUAUAAAUAGCAUUUUAUGCAUUUAAGCAAAGUAAUAAAUAUUGCCUUUCUGAUA